AUGGGGCCUCAACACCCAUCGAUGCAUGGUGUUCUUCGACUUAUUGUUACUCUGGAUGGUGAAGAUGUUAUUGAUUGUGAACCAAUAUUGGGUUAUUUACACAGAGGUAUGGAAAAAAUAGCGGAAAACCGAACAAUUAUACAAUAUCUGCCUUAUGUAACACGUUGGGAUUAUUUAGCGACUAUGUUCACAGAAGCAAUAACUGUAAACGGGCCGGAACAAUUGGGAAAUAUUCAAGUACCUAAAAGAGCCAGCUAUAUACGAGUAAUUAUGUUGGAGUUAAGUCGUAUAGCUUCUCAUCUACUAUGGUUGGGACCUUUUAUGGCAGAUAUUGGUGCACAAACCCCUUUUUUCUAUAUUUUUAGAGAAAGAGAAUUAAUAUAUGAUCUAUUCGAAGCUGCGACAGAACGGGUUGAAGGAGUAGGUUUUGUUGGUAGAGAGGAAGUUAUAAAUUGGGGGUUAUCAGGACCGAUGCUUCGGGCUUCCGGAAUACAAUGGGAUCUACGUGAAGUUGAUAAUUAUGAGUGUUACGAGGAAUUGGAUUGGGAAGUUCAAUGGCAAAAAGAAGGAGAUUCAUUAGCUCGUUAUUUAGUUCGAAUUGGUGAAAUGGUGGAAUCCAUAAAAAUAAUUCAACAGGCUUUGGAAGGAAUUCCAGGGGGGCCUUAUGAAAAUUUUGAAAUCCGCUGCUUUGAUAGAGAAAAGGAGCCAGAAUGGAAUGAUUUUGAAUAUCGAUUCAUUGGUAAAAAAUCGUCUCCUACUUUUGAAUUGCCGAAACAAGAACUUUAUGUAGCAUAG